ACGGAAAUCGAGUUGGAUGUUUCUAAUCGGAUGAUUUAACGAAGCCCACACAACAGUUUUAUGAAGCGACCACAUGAGUGAUCGGGAUUCCCAUCAGGAUUAUUGAUGUGAUCAGGCGACAAAAAGUCCCGCCCCAUCAUGAUAUUGGUCGAGCCCGGCCUCUUCAUCGGAUCAGCAGCCGACCUGAGUGACGCACAGGCUUUGGCCGAGGCAGCGGUCAGUCACGUGCUGUCGGUGGACUCCGAGGACCCUCCCCUCCCCCAGGGGGCGGGGCUCCGACACAAGAGGAUCAGCGUCCUGGACCAGCCGACCUCUGACCUCCUGAGUCAUAUGGAUGACAGCUUCCUGUUCCUACAGGAAGCUGUGGAGGGGGGCGGGGCUGCUCUUGUGCACUGCCAUGCGGGGCGGAGCCGUAGUGCUGCCAUGGUAACGGCCUACCUGAUGAGGAGCCACAGGCUGAGCUUCUCUGAGGCCUACGACCGCCUGCAGCACAGAAACCCAGAUGUCCAGGUGAACACUGGGUUCCAGCAGCAGCUCCAGCUCUACGAGGCUUUGGGCUGCCGAGUCGACCGGAGCCGAGCCGAGUUCAGAGAGUUCAGACUCAGGCUGCUGGUUGAGCAGCAGGCAGACCUCUCCCAGGUCCCAAGCGAGGUCUUUGCGGUGGAUCCCGCUGACUCCGCCUCCUCCGAGGUCUCCUAUCGGUGCAGGAAGUGCAGGAGGACUCUGUUCCGUGGUUCCAGUCUCCUGAGUCACGAGGUUGGGGACGGAGCUUCAUCCUUUCAGCACAAGAAAUCCAGCGAUCCUACUGGUAACGCAGCAUGCACCUCCUACUUCAUUGAACCUGUCCAGUGGAUGGAGAGCGCUCUAAUUGGCCAGCUGGACGGGCCGCUACAGUGCCCGCGGUGCAGCAGUAAGCUGGGGGCGUUCUGUUGGGCAGGGGGGCGAUGCUCCUGUGGCCGAUGGGUCACGCCCUCCUUCCAACUCCACCACAACCGACUGGACUGCAUACGACCAAUCAGUAUCCAGAAAAUACACACCCUGACUGACUCACAGACCCCGACUGACUCGCACAAUGACACACACCCUGGCUAAUCACCCACACACAUCUAUAUACAUAUAUCUAGAUCUAUAGAUAUGGAUCUUUAUAUCUAGAUCUAUGUGUAGAGGAGUUUCCUGCUGCAGUAAUCUCCUCUGCCGUUUCCUCAUGAAUAAAACACUUAAAAGGGUUUUGUUUGGCUUGUGAUUCAGUAGAUCUUGGCUUGUGAUUCACCCUGGUUGGUCAGUAGCAACAGUUGUUUAAUUAUGUUGUGUACGGGCCCAGCCCAUAAUGUAGCUCUACUGGUGUGUGUAUAAGAGGGACGAGCCCAUAGCUAGUACAACUAGCUUGCUAGCAAUGCAAGCUAACCAAUAUAUGCUAAGCUAAUAGCGUGAUCUAAGAAGCAGAUGCAUUCCAUCCAGCACACCAAAAUAAAACCAACAUUUAUAUAAAAUACAUGAACCACUCGACAAAUGAAACAUGUAAUAUUUAUUAUAUUCUGAAGCCCCAAACAGCGCAGAAUCGAUUGAAGUCUAUCUAAACUAUAAAGAUAUCCACAUGAAACAAUGUUCAUUAACAGAUGACCGCAUGCUACGCUCAUAUUGCAGAUCUAUAAAUAACACGCUGGCUUUCAGACGAUACGACAGGGAUUAUAACACAGAGAUAUAGUGCACAGAAAGAAUGAAAACACAACUUGAGUUGUCCAGGAUUCAAGGGCAGUGAGUGUUCUGCUAUCCAGUGUGUGUAUUAAUGUGUCCUGGUUUCUAUGUGAGCAUGUCUGUGUACUGGUCUCUAUGUGUACUGGUCUGUACGAGUACUGGUUUCUAUGUGAGUAUGUAUGUGUACUGGUUCUAUGUGUACUGGUCUCUAUGUGUACUGGUAUCGGGGGUCUUCGUCUGGUCUGAAGCCGUAGGCAGUCACUGGUCGCCCUGGAGACGAGCUGGUCUGGUCAAACACAUCCCGGUAGUUCCUAUUGGACGAGACAUUUGUUAACACCUCCCUGUGGUCCUAUUGGACGAGACCAACUCGUUAACACCUCCCUUGGGUCCUAUUGGACGAGACACUCGUUAACAUCUCCCUGUGGUCCUAUUGGACGAGACACUCGUUAACAUCUCCCUGUGAUCCUAUUGGACGAGACACUCGUUAACGUCUCCCUGUGAUCCUAUUGGGCGAGACACUCGUUAACAUCUCCCUGUGAUCCUAUUGGACGAGACACUCGUUAACAUCUCCCUGUGAUCCUAUUGGACGAGACACUCGUUAGCGCGUCCCUGGAGUCCUAGUUCCCCUACAGACCUAUCAGGCUGAUCUAGGACCUGAUCUAACAUAGACCCUACAGACCAAUCAGGCACCAGCUGUAUGUCCUCUGCACUCAGGCUGUGACUCACUUUGCAGGAGGAGGUCAGAGGUCAGGCUGUGACUCACCCUGCAGGAGGAUCCUCUCCGUUCUGGGACUGGAGGUCGUUGUAGAAAUCGGGACUGAUGGAGCCGUCACCAGGAGUGAUACCAUCUAGACACAGAACCAGGAGUCAAACCAGGAGUGAUACCAUCUAGACACAGAACCAGGAGUCAAACCAGGAGUGAUACCAUCUAGACAAAGAACCAGGAGUCAAACCAGGAGUGAUACCAUCUAGACACAGAACCAGGAGUCAAACCAGGAGUGAUACCAUCUAGACACAGAACCAGGAGUCAAACCAGGAGUGAUACCAUCUAGAGUCAAACCAGGAGUGAUACCAUCUAGACACAGAACCAGGGGUUAAAGGAGGAGGAUUUAGAGGAGGAGUUAAACACCAGGAGGAGUUAGAGGAGGAGUUACAGACCAGCGCUGUAGAAGAGGUCUGUGCGGUCGUUGUCGUUGUCAUAGAGAUAGGCCUCGCCCUCCUCUGCCUGGCGACUCUCCACCAUGUCCAGCCACUGGUUGUUAUGGAAACGG